AUGGGAUCAAAUUUAAGCUCAAAUGAGAGACCAGUAUCUCCUUUCAACUUGCUCACUGUAAAAAUACUGAGACUGAGGAAUGUCCGGAAGGCAGACUUGCUCUCUCUUUCAGACUGCUACGUGACACUGUGGCUGCCUACUGCCUCGAGUGAGAGGGUUCGGACCAGAACCAUCAGGAAUAACAAAAAUCCUGUCUGGAAUGAAGCUUUCUGCUAUAAGAUCGACCGCCGAGUCAAGAACAUGUUGGAGCUGAAGGUUUGUGACGAAGACAGUGUCACCAGGGAUGAUGAACUCUGCACAAUUAUCUUUGACAUUGAUAAACUCACUGUAGGACGUACUGCUCGAGUGAAGUUUCAGCUGAAUCCACAGGCACGCGAGGAGCUGGAAGUGGAGUUCACAUUACAGAACACUCUGGACUAUCCUGAUGGCAUCAUUACUAAUGGAGUACUAGUGGCACGCGAAGUUUCCUGUUUGGAGGUCAGAGUGGAUACAGGGAAGCUGAAGCAGCAAUCCACAAAUCAGGAGCUUACAUUCACAGUGAAAGGCUCCCAUGAAGGAAGGCAGAAGAUUUCUCUGGAUUCUGACACCAGACUUAGGAUCAUCGUAUUUCACUGUGUCAUAAAUGACCACGCAAGACUGGAUAUUGUUUUACCAGAGGAGCUGGCAGCUAAAAAUGAAACAGAGAAAUCUGGGGUCCUUUCUUUCCCACUGAAUUCACUCCCUUUGCAGAAGGAAAUAAUAGUAGAAGAGGAUAAUUCCUUUCACUUGUGCUUGACAGCAAAAAAAUGUUCAGGAGACCUGGAUGUGCGCUUGGGGUUUGGUUUGUGCAUGGAAGAGCAGAACUUCCUGAGGAAAAGGAAGAAAUACGUUGCUGCUGCUCUGAAAAAGAUUCUUCAUUUGGAAGAGGAUCUGAAAGAGCAUGAGGUACCGGUGGUGGCCAUCACGACAACUGGGGGAGGGACGAGAUCGCUGACAGCGAUGUACGGCAGCCUGCUGGGUCUCCAGAAACUCAAUCUGUUAGAUUGCAUUUCCUACAUUGGUGGUUUAUCGGGUACCACAUGGACAAUGGCAAACCUAUAUGAAGACGCUAAUUGGUCACAAAAAUAUCUGGAGGAUGCAAUCAAGGAAGCUCGCAAGCAAGUGACCAAAUCUAAGAUCUGCUGUUUUUCUUUGGAUUGUCUGAAGUACUACUAUAAUGACCUCAUGGAGAGGACUAAAGAAGGACAUAACACUUCUUUCAUAGACCUUUGGGGGCUUGUCAUUGAAUCCAUGCUACAUGAUAAGAAAGACGAGCAUAGACUCUCGGAUCAACGGCGAGCAGUGGAUAAUGGUCAGAAUCCAUUACCCAUCUAUGUGGCCAUCAACCUUAAGUCCAGCUAUAGUGCUCAGGCAUUCAGAG